AGGGACGUAGUAGGUGCUUAUUGUUGAAUGAAUGGGAUCAAUCAAUCAAUCAGUCAAUCAAUCAACGACUGGAAGGUACAGUCCAGUGAGCCUGCCUCUGACUCACUUUUGAGAGCUUGAGCAAAUCCCUCGAGCCCUCUCAGCUGCUUGUUCCCCAUCUGUGAAGCCAGAGGUGUCUAACUCAUCUUGAGGUCCUGCCGAACAGGAUUAUUAGAGCAAUAAUAGCAACAAUAAUGAGUAAACUUGAGCACUGCUAUGGGCCGGCACUGUCGUAAAGAACCCUGGGAGGUAAGAGUAUUUGACCUUUACUUGAUAGAAGAGGAAACUCGUCUCUGAGACACCGAGCGGCAGGCAAGGCUCCUGGAGAAGGGGGAUGAGAUCAAGUUUUGGAGGAAAAGCUGGGGCUCGGAAUGAGCAAUGGAGGAGAAGACCCAUGGCCCAGAGGCGCAGGUCCUAUUCAGGGUGCCCCGGCGCAGUGGUAGCUGCAGAUGCAGGAGAGACCAACCCCGCCCCCCGCGUCUCCAUGACAACAGCCUCCCCAAGCGUCUCAAGCACCGGCGCCAGGGCUGGCGGCGCGCGCCGAAGCAGGACGCAGGCCGGGCGGAAGCGGCCCGGCGCGCUGGGCGGUGGGAUCGCGGGGCGGGCCUUUAAAGGGACAGCCUCUGCCCCCGCCGGUUCGCUCGCGGGGACGGCCCACGAUCCGGGCUGGAUGGCUCUGGGAGUCGGGAUCGAGGAAGUAGAAGAGAAGCAGGGCUGUGUGACCGCCCUGGAGCAUUCUGCCAUCUUCCUACCCCGUCGGGGUGCCCAGCCAUGGCCAGACCACCUGCCCCGGGCUCAGUGGUUGUCCCAGACUGGCACGAGAGCGCCGAGGGCAAGGAGUACCUGACCUGCAUCCUGCGCAAGAACCGCCGGCGGGUGUUUGGCCUGCUUGAGCGACCAGUGCUGCCCCCACCCGUGGCCAUUGACACAGCCAGCUACAAGAUCUUCGUGUCUGGGAAGAGUGGCGUGGGCAAGACAGCGCUGGUGGCCAAGUUGGCUGGCCUGGAGGUGCCCGUGGUACACCAUGAGACCACUGGCAUCCAGACCACCGUGGUAUUUUGGCCAGCCAAACUGCAGGCCAGCGACCGUGUUGUCAUGUUCCGCUUUGAGUUCUGGGACUGCGGGGAGUCUGCGCUCAAGAAGUUUGAUCACAUGCUGCCGGCUUGCAAAGAGAAAACAGACGCUUUCCUCUUCCUCUUCUCUUUCACCGACCGUGCCUCCUUCGAAGAUCUCCCUGGACAGCUGGCCCGAGUAGCAGGUGAGGCCCCCAGUGUCGUCAGGAUGGUCAUCGGCUCCAAGUUUGACCAGUACAUGCACACAGAUGUGCCUGAGCGUGACCUCACAGCCUUCCGGCAGGCCUGGGAUCUGCCCCUCCUGCGAGUGAAGAGUGUGCCAGGGCGGCGGCUGGCAGAUGGACGCACGCUAGAUGGGCGGGCUGGGCUGGCUGACAUUGCCCAUGUGCUCAACGGUCUGGCGGAGCAGCUGUGGCACCAGGACCAGGUGGCAGCUGGCCUGCUCCCCAAUCCCCCAGAGAACACCCCCAGCUGAAGGGUGGUGGCAUCAUGAGCCGGCACCUGUGAUCCCCACUCCCGACCCUCAGGUGACCCCGAGCAGAGGGCAGGACCCAAGGCCUAAGGCUGGGGCAUGCAUAUAGAUCUCAUCAGAGGGCCAGAGGGGCCUGGUCAGGGUGGAUGGUGGCCUGAAAGGGUCUUGCCCCAGCAGCACUUUCCUGGCAGAGUUCAUGGCAGUGAUGUGGGGGCACAAAGGUCUGAGGGCAUCUAGGUGCCUGCUGGCCUUCUCUCUCUGCCCCGGGGCUCUAGGCUCUUGAAACUGAGGAACUGUAUGGGAAGGGCCCCAGGGCUUAAACGUCCUCCCCAACCUCCUGCUGCCCUUCCCGCUUCUGUAGCACCCAGGGGGGGCAAGUGUGGGGAGGGGUGCCUCUGGGCCCUGCACCUCAGUGACUUCAAUCAAGAGCCUGCAUUAGCUGAGGUAACGCCAUCUGCUGCUCCAGAUAAACCUCAGUGGCAUACUGCUAGA